AUGCCCUUCUCUCUAUGCUGGACCUGGGAGUCAGCUAGUACAAUGUACCGUAAUGAAAUUGAUCACAUCGUCGCCGCUAAAAGGUUUUGCCUGGAGGAUAUUGCUAUAGUAGCAAAGCAUAAGCGUCAAUGUGGAGCUGUACGAGCUGCAGGGAACCACGAAUUUACAUCCGAGCUUAAGAAGCUUCGCAGUAAUGUGGCAAAGGAGGACUUUGAAAGGAGAAGGGCGAUAGUGUAG